AUGAUCGGGACCGAAGCAACAGGCCUCAUUAUUAGUUUGAUAUUAAUAUCCACUAAUUCACUUUCGAAACAUCUUGAAUUUUUGCAGGCAUCUAUGUCUCUAUUUGUAUUAGCAUGCGCGUUUGUAUUUCCUCUGAUUAUCAACGCAUUUUCAGAAUAUCAUGAGCAGCUUCACCUCCGGCCGCUAAACGCAAAUCUAUUGCUGGCAUCUUUCAAUUUUCAAUCCAAUAAUACACUUAGAGAAUUCAAUCAACAAAACUAUAGAUAUUUCCCUAGGUCACUUGGUCAAAUUUUAAGUCACGCAAACACUCGAGAGCUACAUUUACGUUUUAGUCUCGGACGAUGGGAUGCUCAAGGCUGGGGAGCAAGACCAUGGAAUGGCUUUAAAGAAGGUGGAACCGGUGUUGAGCUAUGGGCUUGGAUAGAAGCUGAAAGUUACAAAGAAUCAGAAAGAAGAUGGCUUAUCCUUACGAAUGCAUUAUCAGGGCUGUUUUGCGCCUCUUUAAAUUUCAUAGAUGCCACUAGGACAACCAGGCCAGUUAUGUCCUUUCAGCCAUCCGGAAAUCAUCCCAAUUCCUCAAAUGAGAGCCUCCAUCUGCUACAUGGAACAUUGCCCCGAGAAGUGGUCUGUACAGAAAACCUGACACCAUUCCUAAAACUUUUACCAUGUAAGGCCAAGGCCGGGAUUUCAAGUUUAUUGGAUGGUCACAAAUUAUUCGAUGCAAACUGGCAGACUAUGAGUAUUGAUGUCUAUCCAAUCUGUCCCCCAAAUUCUGAGUGCCAAUUACAAAUCACACAAACAAUCGACAUGGUACUCGAUAUUCAGCGUUCGAAAAGACCAAGGGACAACCCGAUACCACGACCUGCUCCACGUGAAGGGUUAAGAUGUGAUACAUCGAAGUCUUACAGCUCAGAUGAUACGUGCUUUCCUUUAAAUACAUCGGCUGAAGAAGAAAAAUGGAGCUUAUCGGAAAACUUUGGGCACCGAAUUAAAGGAAAAUGCCCACUAAUGAAAGCUGGCAUAGAUCCUAUAUGUAUAACUGUACCAGAAUUUAGAGACGUUCAAAUAGUUGGUGGAACACUCAGAAGUAAAGAUUUAAAGACCAACACUCGAUGUUAUGAGCUGGAGGCUGAGAGCGAUUUCGACAUGAUACUUCCACACCAAGAAAUAACAGAGAAAGUACCACCGGAACAACCAUUACUUUACGCUGAGCGAUCUUUCACUGGGUAUGGGCAAGAACGUGGUGGUGUUCAGUCAAUAUUAUCGAAUCCUUCUUUAACAGACCCAGUCGAAAUUGUAUAUUUUGAGACCCUUCCGUGGUUUAUGAAACUAUAUCUUCAUACUCUUCACGCUAAAAUAAAUGGAUUGGACAACGGAUUAAUAAAAGAAACCUACUAUCGUCCAGCUAUUGAUCGCAAAAGAGGUACACAUCUUGAAAUACGGAUACGAGUCCCUGCCAAUUCAACUGUAGUGCUUUCUUAUGAAUUUGAAAAGGCCAUACUACGCUAUACUGAGUAUCCUCCCGAUGCUAAUCGCGGCUUUGAUGUCGCACCUGCAGUUAUCACCAUUGGGAACACGAGUAUUAGAACAACGUCACUUUUACUAUCCCUUCCAACCCCUGAUUUUAGUAUGCCAUACAACGUCAUCAUACUUACAAGCACUGUUAUGGCAUUAAGCUUUGGAUUUAUAUUUAAUCUCAUGGUAAGACGAUUCGUUGCGCUCGAUGAAGCAGAUAUAUGGGAUAUUAGAGCAGUAAGGCUUAAGAUAUUUGCUUCUAUCAGAAAGAUAUUUAACAAACUAAAAAAGCAAAAGACGCGUGAAAAAAACGAAUAA